AUGACUAUACAAAGUUCUUGCUUCUGGUCAUUACUAUCGCUCGACUCUUUAGAGUUUGUUCAUAUCCCAUCGUCUAUUCGAAACAUCAAAAUCGCAACUAAAAAUGAUCAAACAACCAUUCAAGAUGUCUUACUGCAUCGCUCCCUAUUUGAAUUUAUGCAUCCAAGUGAAAUUGGAAUGGCAAAAAACGACCUGUCAAGCUUCUUGAAGCUUAAAACCCUAGCAGGAUCUGUCACGAGAUGUCGGCUACUCUCUUUUAAAAGCAUGGCCUGCCAUGUCUUAUCCAAGCAUUCUUCUCUGUCGUCUGAUUAUCAGGAUUGGAAUAUUAUAGACCUUGUUAUUUACUCAGCAACAGAUGAUACAGUGUUGGCGUUUUUCCACAAUACAGAUUUCAGCGCUUGCCAUUUCAACGCUACUCCAAUUGAAUCUAAUCCAAGUUGUACUGCCAGAUCAGACAAGGCGUGCUUUGAUUUUGAGGAUGCAUUACGAAUGUUACAAGUUUUGAAACUAAUACAAAAAACGCUAAUUACGCAAAUGAUAGACGACCACCAACUAGUCAAUCCUAUAAGAAUAUUCCAAAUCAUUGAUUCAAUCACAUUGAAGCCAUUAUUCGUAUGGCCACAGCUGUAUUCAUUUGUCGACAUGAUCCAAUUCUUGGCAAAAGAGAUUUCACUAAGAGAAUUCAAAAGUCCAUCGAAUGGACCAACACCCAGCAUCACUGCUGCUGCAGAGGAUGUGUCUUGUACUCGCCAUUUCUAUGCAAACAGCAAAAUUGAAUUGUCCACCACAAGAAAAGUUUGCGAGUUCCAACGGAUUUUGAUUCCCUACGGCAACAUUUUCUUUGAAUCAAUUCAAGUAACACCCCUUCCUACCGCCACUACCUCCGCCUUUUUUGAAAGGCAUCACACUGGUAUGUACAUUAAUAGUUUUGCCUUGUAUUUCAACCUUCAAAAAGUACUCAAAUCUGACGGUGAAAAGGAAGAGGUGGAUAGAAGACAGCCCUCUACAUUUCAACACAAGUAUGCGAAUGACAGUAGAUAUAUUGUUGCAGCAGAUUCAAGGUCAAAACAAGGACAUUCCGCUAAUGUUCUCUCAUCGACAGCCACAGUAGCCCCUUUAUACUCGUCUUCUUCGCAUUUGAAAAAAUUCAGGAUACAGCAACAGCAUCCACCACACGACUCAGCUAUGAGACGGCGAAACAUGAGCUGUUCAUCCACGGAGAAAAAGAGAAGGAAGGAUGCAUUUCAAGGACCUGUUGCUACUAUAUCGCCAGAGAAUGUAAAGACCUGUACUCGUUGUCAUACAAGCAAUAGCCCUGAAUGGAGAAGAGGACCUGAUGGCCAUAAAACGCUAUGCAACGCUUGUGGUUUACGCUAUUCAAGAUUCAGAUCAAAGCAAUGGCGCACAGCCACAACCAAUCCGCCCACUUCACCUCCUACCAGCUCUUCAUUUUCCUCAAUCAAGUAG